UUCUCUUCUCCUUCGCUCCCCUCCAUCUCCCUCUCUCUCUCUCUCUCAGCUCUGUUCUUCACAAAAAGUUUGUUUCUUCCAAAACCCCCACUGUAAAUCUCAUAAAAAAAUAACUCAAACCCCUUCUUUUCAGGAGAAGCCCUAAACUUUUAAAACCCCUUUCUGUGAAUCUUAAACAGAGCAACAAAACCCUAAGUUUUUAGAAGGAAAAAUAACAAAAUUUCUGUGUGGGUUUUCUUCAAUGGCGCCAACACCAUCUUCUAAACCCUAUCAAACACCAUCAAGAACACCCCAAUCGAAAAAUCGAUUCCACUCAGUAAGACCGAUCCACCCCUCUCUAAACCCUAACUCUAAGGAAUCAGAACAUCCAGUUGAAGUAGUAGGAAGAAUCCGUGAUUAUCCAGAUCAAAAGGAAAAACCCAUCUCAGGAUUACACGUUUCUUCAGAUCACAGCAACAUCCGUGUGAGGACUGAAAUUGGGUACAGAGAUUUCACUCUUGAUGGUGUUUCAGUUUCAGAAGAAGAAGAUCUUGAUGGGUUUUACAAGAAAUUUGUUGAAUCAAGGAUUAGUGGUGUAAAAACAGGUGCUAAAUGUACUAUAAUGACUUAUGGACCAACUGGUUCAGGUAAGAGUCAUACUAUGUUUGGCUGUGCUAAACAACCAGGGAUUGUUUAUAGAGCUUUGAAGGAUAUUCUUGGAGGGGAAGGUGAUGAAGAAAGUGAAACUGAUAGGAUUGGUAUAAGAUCUUUUGUUCAAGUUUCUGUUUUGGAGAUUUAUAAUGAAGAAAUUUAUGAUCUUUUGUCGAAUAAUACUGGUGGUGGAACAUUCGGUAUGAAUUGGCACAAAGGGAAUUCUUCUAAGGUUAGACUAGAGGUGAUGGGCAAAAAGGCGAAAAAUGCGACAUUCAUAUCUGGGAAUGAAGCUGGGAAAAUAUCUAGGGAGGUAGCCAAAGUGGAGAAACGAAGGAUUGUAAAAAGUACCAAUUGUAAUGAUAGGAGUUCCAGAAGUCAUUGCAUGAUAAUCUUGGAUGUCCCACUGGUAGGUGGAAGACUAAUGCUUGUUGAUAUGGCAGGUUCUGAAAACAUCGAGCAAGCUGGCCAAGUCGGUUUCGAAGCUAAAAUGCAGACAGCAAAGAUCAACCAGGGGAAUAUAGCUUUAAAGAGAGUUGUUGAGUCUAUUGCGAAUGGGGAUUCUCAUGUUCCUUUCAGAGACAGCAAAUUAACCAUGCUUUUGCAGGAUUCUUUUGAGGAUGAUAAAUCGAAAAUCUUAAUGAUAUUGUGUGCGAGUCCUGAUCCUAAGGAGAUGCACAAAACCAUGGCAACUCUUGAAUAUGGGGCAAAGGCAAAAUGCAUAGUGAGGGGUGGUCAUACACCGACCAAACUUGAUGCUGAAGACUCUUCAUCUCAAGUAAUUUUAGGAUCAAGGAUUGCUGCCAUGGAUGAUUUUAUAAAUAAACUUCAAAUGGAGAACAAGCGGAGGGAGAAGGAGCGGAAUGAUGCUCACAACUUACUCAUGAAGAAAGAAGAAGAAGUGGCUGCCUUGAGAACGAAGCUUGACCAAAUGCAAGGUAAAACACCAGUUAUAAGUGAAGAGGAGAUCAAUUUGAAGGUCAAGGAGAGAACCCAAAGUCUGAAACUUGAAUUGGAGAAGAAACUGCAGGAGUGCCAGAAAAUGGCUAAUGAUUUUGUUGAAAUGGGAAGGAGAAGAAUGGAUGAGAAAAUCUUGCAACAACAAGAGGAAGUUGAGAUGCUGCGACGAAGGUUAGAAGAAAUUGAAUCUGAAUUGAGCCGUUCAAAAGUCAAGAGUGGUAACAUAAAUGGUACACCUGAAACAGAAAGCAACUUUGCAAAAAGGCUUAUGGAAAUUUAUGCUGAUGGGGAACAAGGAAUGGAGAAGUCGAUGGACUUGGAUAUGGGAAACAAGCAACCAAUAGUAAUUCAUGAAAUUAAAGAGGUAGAUACAUGUCCUCCGCAAACUGAGAGCUUCACGCUUCCGAGCCCUUUAACAUGGACGAGUGCAGAAGAGGAGGAAGACAGUUGCAUACUUCCACAGUUCCCUGAGAAAGUGUGUUUGAGUACCGUAUUUGAGGAGGAAGAAGGAGAAAGUGGAGAAAAUACAGAAGAGGAGGAAGUAGAGAAAGAAGUAGUGGAGGAAAAGGCAGUGCAAUUCAGUGGGGAGAUUGACGAUUCUAAUCUAGGGGUCAAUCUGGAUAUCAGUUCCAUGUUUGUGACUCCGAAGUUUAAUAAUAGUGAUCAUGGUGUAGACGAAUCUGCUAAUUCAAAGGAUGCAGCAUCAGCAAGAAAAACCAGAAUUCAGAAUAUUUUCAUGCUUUGCGGAAAUCACAGAGAGCUCACGCACCAUGUUAAAAUGCCAACACCUCCUUCCAAGAAAAAAGCUGAAGCUGAUGAAAACAAUGCAUCUCCUUUCGCGCUAAAUGAGGAGCAUGUUUCAAAAAGUCUCAUGAAGGAAGUCUCAACUUAUGAAACUGUUCCUAAACCAGAGUCUGAACUUUGUAAAAUCCUAUCUGAUUUAACACAGGACAUCACAAAGACCUCAAACUCCGAAACCUUGGCAGGGCAAAAAGCAAUCAAAAGCCAACAGAAAAACGACUUUAAAGAGAACGAUAAGCCAGAAGAAAAGAACAAAGAUGGUGUAGAUGUUUUUGUGAAAUGGGAGGCUUCAACGGACUACCCAGGGAAGUUCAUUACAAAGUUAAGAGUAGCGAAGGAUUCUAGCCUUGCUGAUUUGAGAAAGCUAAUUGUUAAACAUCUUGACGAGGAUCAGGAAAACCAUGGAUUCACCUUUCUUAUGCUUGGGGAUCAUAGUGGAGCACCAGUUGUGAGAGAGAAAGAAACGACAGUUCAAGCCACUAAACUCCCUGUCUGCAACAACCUAAGUGGGCAUCUCGCUUGCUUGCGUGUAAGACCACUCCAACGACCAACCCAUCUUCCAUUUGCGUCGUUGGAGAACACAAUGCUGAACACUUCAAGUUCUCCAUCACCUUUCGUGAAGCAUGCAGAAAAUUUCUCCCCUAAGGUUUUAGGUGAAAACUUGAACCCUGCUCCUUAUGUUGUUACUGGUCUUCAUAGAUAGAACUAAAUGAAGCCAUUCUCGGAAUGUAUUGAUGAAUAUUUUGUAUUGAUUUUUAUUCAUUAAUCCAACUCUUUGGAUCUGAUGUCUGAAUAGUGUGAAGUAUGGUUUGGUAUUGCAACACUAAUAUAAUUUAAUCGAAUCUACUUCAUUUUGU